UCUGUUUCCGAGCGCCUCAUAUCGUCCAGCGAUCUUUGCAAAGUUUGACAAUUCGAACGCCACUGCUGGGGCUUUAUUUUCCUCUCAUUUUUCCUUCCACCACCCCCCACUCCUCGCUUUCUCUCUCUCUCUCUCUCUCUCUCGCCCUCUCUCUCCCUCUCUCCAAGUCAACAUUGCCAGGUCAGUUUUAUUACGUCACGUGUAACUGACCACCUCUCUCCCCACAAAAAAAGCUGAGAAAGUUUUUGACAACAAUCUUUGCGGUGGAUUGUGCUUUCCUCUGUAUGCUGCUUGUGUCGUUAAAGGCUGUGAAACGGCAGCGUGCACAGUGCAGCGUGUAUUUUUUUUCUCUCUCGUCCACUCUUUCUCUCUCUCUCUCUCUCUCACACUCACACACACACACACACACACACACUCAGACUUCAACGUUGUGUUAACUUUCGCUUUCAGAAGUUCAAGGCCGGGGUUACAGUUCAGGAUGGAAAAUAGACUCCCGCACAGAGUCUGAAACCGGCUUUCUAACACAACUCAUUCUACACCGCAGUAACUAUGUACUCCCCGCUCUGCCUGACUCAGGAUGAAUUUCAUCCCUUUAUCGAAGCACUUCUCCCUCAUGUCCGUGCUUUCUCCUACACAUGGUUCAAUCUGCAGGCUCGCAAGCGCAAAUACUUUAAAAAGCAUGAGAAACGCAUGUCCAAGGACGAAGAGAGGGUGGUCAAGGAUGAGCUCCUUGGAGAGAAGCCUGAAAUCAAACAGAAGUGGGCGUCUCGGCUCUUGGCAAAACUGCGUAAAGAUAUCCGGCCUGAAUUCCGGGAGGAUUUCGUGCUGACCAUUACGGGCAAGAAGGCUCCUUGCUGCGUCCUUUCUAAUCCCGACCAGAAAGGCAAGAUUCGGCGGAUCGACUGCUUGAGGCAGGCAGACAAGGUCUGGAGGUUAGACCUGGUAAUGGUCAUAUUGUUCAAAGGGACUCCCUUAGAAAGUACUGAUGGUGAACGCCUGGUCAAAUCACCUCAGUGCAGUAACCAAGGCCUGUGCGUCCAGCCACACCACAUUGGAGUUUCUGUAAAGGAACUUGACUUAUAUUUGGCCUAUUUUGUACACAACCCAGAGUCAGGACAAUCUGAAAGCUCGAACCAGCAAGGAGACGCAGAUGUCAAACCACCACCCAAUGGGCAUUUGAAUUUCCAGGACUGUUUUAUUACAUCUGGAGUUUUUAGCGUUUCUGAACUUGUGAGAGUGUCGCAAACCCCAGUUGCUGCUGCCACAGGCCCCAGCUUCAAUCUGGCUGACCUGGAGAGUCCAGGCUACUACAGCAUUAACCAGGUUCCCCUGGGUAGGAGGACCAUUACCACCCCACCCUCCACCAGCUCCACCAAGCGACACAAAUCCAUCGAGGACAGUGAGAUGGAGAGCCCGGUGGAUGAAGUCUUUUAUUCCAGUACAGGCCGAUCUCCAGCUGCGGGCAGCAGUCAGAGCGGAGGAUGGCCUAAUGAUGUUGACACAGGGAUGACAUCACCCACUUCCUUAAAGAAGUCAACAAAACACGAGUUUGGCAGCGGUACACCUUCGCAAACGGUCUCCUCGCGGAUGGCAUUCACACAUCACCCAUUGCCUGUGAUAGCAGGCACCAGACCAGGGAGCCCUCGAGGGCCAGCCUCUGCUAUCCAUUUCCCACCGUCCUCCAUCAUCCAGCAGCCAAGCCCCUACUUUACCCACCCAACCAUCCGCUACCAUCACCAUGCCAGCCAAGACCCUCUGAAGGAGUUUGUUCAACUGAUCUGCUCCGACAGCUCCAGUCAGGCCACAGGACAGGUGGGGUACCUGAAUCCAAAUGGCAGCAGCCAGGGCAAGGUUGCGGGAUCUUUUCUGCUGCCGCCACCACCCCCAAUGGCCAGACCCGUCCCCCUUGCAAUGCCUGACACAAAAUCAACCAGUGCGUCCCCAGAGGGAGGAGCCACAUCACCUACAUCACCGUCAUAUUCAACGCCCAGCUCCUCCUCUGCAAACCGGUUUGUCAGUAUUGGACCACGAGAUGGGAACUUUGUAAAUAUCCCACAGCAGUCACAGUCUUGGUUCCUCUGAUAGAUUCGAACCUGUCCCAAUGAGCAGCGACAAGACCAUCUGAUACCUUCCUUGACAGAAGUAAAAAUUGACAGAGAGAGAGAAAGAGAGAAAAGAGAGAGAGAAAGAGGGGGGAGGGAAACGACAUCAUCGCUGAACACUGGGAACAGAAACAGCAACCAUCUGAGAUGACUCAGACACGUUCAAGGAAGGAAACAAAAAUAUACAAACCAGUUCAGAAUGAUCUCUCCAACCAUAUAGGAAUCGAUUUUUCCACUCAAAUUGGCACCCAAUACCGUCACACAUUGUGCAGUGUAACGUGGCUUUGAGUUUGGUGGGAGCGUUUAACGUUUGCAUUUUAUAAGGACCGUGAUUUUAACCUGUAUAGCCAGUAUUAAGUGAAAAGGGUAAAAGUUACAGUGGACUUAUAGCACGCCAGAAAGAUGGUACACAAUCAAACCCAGAAUUGACGUUUUUUUUAAAGAAAGGAAACACACUACAAUCUGCAAUGCAAACGCGACUAUUAUCUUUAUAAGUGCCUCGUUCAGUAUACAUCAAAUGCAUUAAAGGUUGCAUAAAUGUAUUCAAAUAUUUAUAAAUAUAUAGAAACUAUACAAGAAUAGACUCAAAUAGUUAUUCCAGCCCCAAUUAUCCCACCAAGAUGUGCUACAGUCACUCAAAAUGUAGUCUACAUUGGACCGCCUUAACCAUUAAAAUUAAAAGCGACCUGGAUUUUUGGCCAUUUCCCCCACACUGGGCAAUUGAGGCGAUGUCCAUCAGGGGGCAGUGAAGGUAGCCCUCUCAAUGACAUGCCCUUGAUCUCAGUGAGACUUUGGGAAAGGGGGUGGAGGGGAGGGGGUGGUUUGUCAGGAACCAACUAGUCGCAAGGACCAGUGGAGGACUCAACGGCUGUAGUUGUUGUAAGCGCUGAUCUUUCACCUUCUCCUCAACACAGGAAACUCUAGUAGGACACUCAACACCAUCAGUCCUUUCUGCUCUCCCACCCCACCUAACUGCAUCACCUUCACUGCCCAUUGCCCAUGCAGGGAGAAGAUUCCUGCUAUUUAAAGGGAGGGGGAUCAAAGAGCCUUCAAAGGGGUAAGAGGUUGGGGGG